AUGGAUGGAAGACACCUUUUAAUCAAGAUGUUUAAUGAGGAGGAUUAUGCUAAAGUUUUUGCUAAACAAACUCUCCUAAUUGCUGGAACCCCCAUGAAAUUAUUAAAAUGGACACCUGGAUUUGAUCCAAGCAAGGAACCCUUAUUUUUUCCAAUUUGGAUUAAAUUUCCUAACCUCCCUAUUCAAUAUUACCACCAAAAUGUUCUAUUUAAUAUUGGAAGGGUGCUUGGCUACCCUUUAAAAGUUGAUGCCCCAACUUACAAUCUGGCUAGACUAGCUGGUGCAAGAGUGCUGGUGGAAAGAGAUGUCACAUUGCCAGAAAUAAAGAUGGUUUGGAUUGGAACACCUGAGGAAGGGUUUUGGCAAAGCAUUAAUAUGGAACAAAAACCAAUAUUCUGCCCUAACUGCAGUAUGUUUGGACACAAUGUGGACAAAUGCUAUAGGCUGCAUCCACCAACUAGAAAAAUAGCUCUUAAAAGCAUGCCUACUCAGGGAGAGUCUACUGAAACCUUGGGAAAGGAUAGCAGAAAAACUAAUGAACAGGCAGCAAUCAAUGGUGAAACUGAUAUGGCAAUCUGUCCUAAGAUUCCAAGUAUUAUUGAAGAGGUCAAUGAAAUAAAUACUCCCACCAAAAAAUAG